UUUAUAAAUUGCCAUUUACGAGUUUCAUUAUUUAUUGGGAUUCUAAGCCUUAAAACCCUACCUCCAGAAAUUUCCUAGAGAUUAGUCGCCGCUUCAUCAAUUCUCCAACAUCCAACAUGCCUCGCCGAAGCUCUGGAAGAUCUGCUUCUCGCCCUACCCCUCGCCCAGCUCCUGCUCGCAGCCCACCACCUCAACCAGCUCAUCAUGCUCCUCCCCCGGCUCCUGCUCAGAGUGGAGGUGGAUCCAUGCUCGGAGGAAUAGGCUCAACCAUAGCUCAGGGUAUGGCUUUUGGAACUGGAAGUGCUGUGGCUCACAGGGCUGUGGAUGCUGUGAUGGGUCCUCGUACUAUACAACAUGAAACUGUUGUUUCUGAGGCUGCAGCUGUCCCCGCACCAGUAUCCGCCGCCAAUAGCUUUUCUGGCUCUGAUGCAUGCAGCAUCCACACCAAGGCAUUCCAAGACUGCUUGAACAGCUAUGGAAACGAAAUCAGCAAGUGUCAAUUCUACAUGGACAUGUUGGCCGAGUGCAGGAAGAACUCAGGGUCCGUGUUGGGUGCCUAAAAAGCUUAUUCACCAUUUCUUGUCGUGCCAUUGGACUAGGAUUUUUUAUGUUUUUUCCCGGUGGAUGGAUAAUGAAGCUGAACUCCAUUAUUAUCACUUAUGAAUAAUCAGUUGAUACUAUUUAAGGUCAAUUGUUGAACCUUGAUAUCGUUAUUGAAACGCGACUGGCAUCCUUUUAUUUUUA